AUGAGUUAUGUUCACGAUAUUGAGGAGACCGAGUGGGUGCUGUACGUGUUCGACGCGGCCGGCGCAGAGGGCGGCGGCUCGGCCGACAUUCAGCUGCCGCCACUGGUGCUCGAGAUGCUGAAGGACACGGAGCACCGGCCGGCCUACUACCGACAGAGGGCAGUGUACGGACAGGCGGUCUUCCUGAUUCAGCAGCAGACCAGACUGCUGUCACUACUGCAGAAGGCGCAGCACGUCCACAUGAUGUCGCUGGCCGGCACCAUGUCGCGGCUGACGCGGCUCAGCGAGCGCAUGACCUGUGACCUGGCGCGGCUGCAGGCCUCCUCCGAGCUGUUCCACGCCUCGCUCGGGUGGGACGAUGAGAACUACAGCCGGCAGGCGGCCGCCGGCGGCGUCACAUCGGCCCGCGUAUACGGCACGUGGCGCCAAGCGGGUGAGCAAGUGCGGCGGCGCCACCACCAGAGCCACGAACUCGUGCAGCAGCUGACGGCGGCUGUGCGUGACGUCACGCGGCGCGGCACCGAGCUGCAGCGCGUGCCUGGCAACCGGCAGAAGCCCGAUGGCUUCGGGCUCUUCUAUGAGAAGGCGUGCGAGGUGUACGAGGCCCACCGGCGCCGGCCCAAGGAGCAGCGCGGCCAGCGCACGAGCAACGCCGAAAUGAUCCGCAUCGUCGCCAAGUUCAUCCGGAACAGGAGCGAGCCGUUCGCCGAGCUGUACCGCGUGAUCGGGCGACAGCAGGCGAUCCAGCGGGAGGUGGACGAGCUCUCGCGGCCGCUGUCAGAAGCCAUCGAUGGUGUGCACCGGCCGCGCGGCUGGCCGGGGCCCACCACGGACGCCCGUUUGAUGGUGGUGGAGCUGGGCCAGCGUUCGAAGCGGCGCGUUAAAACGGUGAAGUGA